AUGUCUGUGGCCGUGGAGUUCCGCGACUACUUGGGGGAUUUUAUCGAACAUUACGCCCAGUUGGGACCUAGUAACCCGGACAUGGCGCAGGUGCGGGAGAACCGAAAGUACUACAUGGAUCUGAAGGAGAACCAGAGAGGCCCGGGCUUGGGCUCUACACAGGGUCAAACCAUCGCUCUUCCAGCGCAAGGACUGAUCGAGUUCCGCGAUGCUCUGGCAAAGCUUAUCGACGAUUACGGGGUGGAGGAGGAGCCCGCUGAAUUACCUGAGGGCACUUCCUUAACUGUGGACAACAAGCGCUUCUUCUUCGAUGUGGGCUCCAAUAAGUAUGUCCCAUACAAAGUGUGGGCCAAAUUCGGGCAUACUUUCUGCAAAUACGCUGAGGAAAUGAAGAAGAUCCAGGAGAAACAGAGAGAAAAACGAGCUUCUGAGCAUCAGCAACAACAAGAAGAAGCCCAUGGAGACGAUGGAGAUGAUGAUUGA